AUGGGGAGGAACGAUACAGUGGGCACAUUUUUCCUUAAACAAUUCAGUUGCAGUAUUCAUACGGAGGACAGCGGGAGAGAUGUGCGCAUAGAAUCAACACGAUGCAGCAGAAGAAGUGAGCUGCUCUUGAACACAAACUGCUGUACUACUAGCAAGAAGCGUACUGCAUUCCGUCGGUGCCGUCCAGGUGAUGGAUUUACGAGACCUAAAUCUCCUAAACUCAAACCGUACAAUGCAUUCACACCGCUAAGUGAACUAAGACAAAUCUCCAUAGUUGGGCCGAGUGAUUUUUGCAACUCUUUUGAAGCAAAUCAAAGUUUUCCGCGCGUAGGAAGAAGCUGCUUACGGUACGGUGGACAACUCAGCAGAGCGUCGUUCGUAAGUAAAAUCAAUUCCCCUGCACGGCUGAGCUGGUACUCGAUGGCGAACAUGGAUCGGGUGCGUGUGGACGGCUCCAAUGGUGUCCGCUUUACCGCCUUCCGUUCGAAGGGAGGCUGCUAUCCGCAUGGUGUAUCGUCGCCGUACAACAAUUCGUACAUUGCAUCCACCUCGGAGUCAAUAGGCCGGCUUACGAAAAGUGACAUCAAUCCAAAUAAGGCGGUCUUUACCAUUGACUCGAAAACGUCCCGAAUUCUGAUCGUAAAUCGAAAUGCCUGCGAGUUGCUAGGAUACAGCUCGAAGGAGCUGUGUGAAAUGGAGUUUACCAGCCUACUGCUGAACAAAAGUAAAAUGCACGUGUCGGCGUUGGCGGAGGGUCAGUUGAACAGUGAAGAUGGGACGGUGAUAAUUCUGAGCGGAAAAGUGGUCGAGCUGUGCACAAAGUACGACAAAAAUGUAGCCGUCUCGCUGUGGGUUCGACAGAUCGACAUCGAGGGACAGAGAUGUCUAGCCGUGGCAGAACCGGUCGAACGACGAAUAGCCCAGGUGGUGAUCGACCAGAGUGGAUACAUUUUAUCGGGCGAUAACGAGGCCCUGAUGCUUUUCCAACUGGAUUCGAUCGAUAAAUUUGUUGGAAUGGAUGUGGCGCUUCUAAUACCUGCCAUCCAACUACCCGAUCCAGACACCAGUCUUAUCGCGAAGCAUAUCAGAAAGCAGAAAGCGACCGGUAAAACACAGGACGGCGUUUCUUUCCCACUGUGUUUGAUAAUUUCUCACCACGAAACCGGUACCGACACUACGGACAGUGGACUAUCAAAUCCUGGCGCACUGCUUUACAUGGUUACGAUCUGGGUGUACACCAAUCUGUCCGGGUUGCUGGUGAUCGAUGAAAAUUCCAUUAUAGAAUCAUGCAAUCAUCACUUUUCCAUGCUUAUGUUUGGUAUUCCGCAAAGCAGGACGAUCGGAGAGCACAUAACCAAGCUGAUACCUAACUUUGGUCAGGAGAGCGAUUGUUUGACAAGGAGUCGAAACGCAACACUGUCGUCGCUCGAUAACGACGAAUCGGAAACGGAAACGGAUCACGUGGAGCUAGAGAACAGCAAGGGAGAUUUUCUGCAAUCGAGUGCAUUGCAUGACUUAAAAUCAUCCCACUGUGAUAGUCUCAGUCCGGUAAAGGAACCACGUAAGGUGUGUCUGGAUUUUACGAAUGCUUCACAAACCGGGAAACGAUCGUCAUUCAGUAUGGUAGCUGUUACGAGUACGAUCCCCGGUGGAUCAACGGCAGAAGACCAUACGGAUGCAGAACAAGUAGUUGCAAAUGGUAGCGAACAUGUCACCGAUGUGCAACCAGUAAAGCAGCACAACAUAGUUCUUAUGGUGUCAGAUAAGAUGGUAUAUGUAGAGGACAAUAGCGAAAACAAUCCUAAUUAUGCAAACGUAUCAAACGCACAAAAUUCCCAUGCCUUAAAGCCGUGCACUUCUUCAUUAGCGCCAACAGCAGCAACAGUAGGAACCGCAACGGAAAACAUAACAGUAGCAAGCAAUGCAUCAGCAGCAGCAGUAGCAGCAGCAGGACCAGCUGGUGGCGAAGAGUCAGCGAAUAAGAAUAGUAGUGUCUUAGCGUCGGAAGAUUAUGUUAACCUAUCGGAGAGUGAUUUGCUCACGCCAGUCAACGAAAACUCAUUGUGUAUGAAUUUAUUACACCCCAAGAAUGUGUCUAUCAACGAAACGAAAAGCCCACUGUACACUUCGGAGGACAUAAACGUGGCACUGCUGAAGGACAGCACACCAGCCAGCGCACCACCGGUUAUGGUUACACCACGCUUCAUAAAACCGUACGAACACGUAAAGGGACAAGGUUCACUGGUAACCUCUACGCCGGAUCAGCACAAACGUCAUUCGGCGGGCGGUAUUAACGACAUCAUCCGACAGAUGGGAAUAUCCGCCAAACGAAUGUCUUACGUAGACGGAAAGUAUAGAGGAGAAGCGAUUCAUUACGAUGGAAAUGUGAUCGAUAUUAUCUACACCAUCGCUAGCCAGAUGCUGCCCUGCGGACGUAAGGUCUAUUGUAUCUGGAUAAGCCGAGAUCCAGAAUCUUCGUACAACAAUCUAGAAGAGGCGAACGUAACGCUUACUUUUAACAGUAUUACCAGCACGAUCGACAACUCUCUGGGUCAGCAGGGGAAAAGUAUGAAUGCGGCGAAUGCGCCAGUAAACGCCAGCCAGAGCCGACCGAACUCUGUGUCGCUUGUGUCGCAGUGCGAAGAAGAGCAGGUGUUUGGAGAGUACAAUAAACACUACACAACGAUAAAGCAAAUCGGCAAAGGUGCGUACGGGUACGUGAAGCUAAGCUACCGCAACACGGACCGCCUGUUGGUAAUAUCGAAGUUCAUACUGAAGGAGAAAUUGUGCUCCAACUUUAUGAUCGCUACGGAGGAUAAGAAGGAAAUCCCGAUGGAGAUAUAUCUGCUGACCCACGUGAAGCAUCCCAACAUCGUGACCGUGUUCGAUGUGUUUGAAAACGAAAAAUUCUUCCAGCUCGUCAUGGAAGUGCACGGCUCGGGAAUGGAUCUGUUCGAGUUUAUCGAUCGACGGCCGGCGCUUACGGAAAAGCUUGGUUGUCACAUUUUCCGCCAGAUUGCGAAUGCGGUCGACUAUCUCCAUUCGCUAAACAUUCUGCAUCGUGAUAUCAAGGACGAAAAUAUCAUAAUCGAUCAACAUUUUCACGUGAAGCUAAUUGAUUUCGGAUCGGCCACAUUCAUGCAGGAAGGUAAGCUGUUUUCCACGUUCUACGGCACAACGGAGUACUGCAGCCCGGAAGUACUGGCCGGAAACAAGUAUGCCGGUCCGGAGCUAGAAAUGUGGUCACUAGGUGUGACGCUGUACGUGCUGAUGUUUUUCGAAAACCCGUUCCUAGACAUCGAGGAAACGCUCAAGUCGGAAUUAAUAAUACCGCAAGAGAUUAGUCCCGAGUUGGAGUAUGUGUUAUUGGCGUUACUGGACAAAAAUCCCAAAACGAGAAUAACGAUGAAACAAUUAAUUCUUACCGAAUGGUUGACCCAGGACAUCAAUCCGAGCACGUUUAACUUUGCACAAAUUGUUCCCUGCGAACCGUACGAAGUGAACCCGGAGAAGUACUACAACGGACAGAUUUACUCUAGUCAAACCGGGCUCUCCACAUCGCCGCACAGUUUGUCGCUGGUAGACGACGAAGAGGAGGAAGGUGACGACGAGGAUGACGAGCCCCAUGCCCAUAUUGAUGAUUCUUUCGUUGAUCCGGAAGAGUUGCAGGAUGAUGAUGUUUGUCCUUUGUCGCACGAUGAUGAGCGAACGCCAGAACGAUCUUACGAAGUGUACAGUAUACGGGACACAAAUACUGCCAGUAUUGUACUGGGCAAAGGAAUUCAAAAUCUCUCUCUGCAAGAAACUAGUGACACGAAAUCGUCAUCUACAUGCACUAGUCACAGCAGCAAAAACGAUUCCUCGUCAGUUGCCGUCGUUGUUAGUACAGGUAAUUCAAAUCCUUGCUUCGCGUACCACGAACAGCCAGUUCCUGUCGUUGUUCCUUGCUGUGGUGGUGGUGGUGGUGGUGGUGGUGGGACUUCCUUAGAAAAUAUUUCUCCGAUGGGUUGUACUGGCGGUAAAAGUGAAAGAACGAUCCCACAAUCUGUCCCCGUCACCAGUGCCAGUACCAGUCCCCUUGUAUGUGUUACCGAUGAUGUGUAUAAGCCUAGUCUGUUUGAUUGUAAUCUUAAGCGUGUUGUUUCUGUUGAUACAGCAGCUAAUGUUGUUCCUUCCUCGUCGGUAAUCCCAAACACCCCCUCAAUGUUGUCCCUCCAGGGAAAUAAUAUCGAGGACAAUUUUCGACAGUCGAACAAGUUCCGACAGUGCGAUUCGAGUUGUUCCACUACACCAUCACUUGCAUUGCCAACUUCUUCCGUGUUGAUGUGCACCAUAAUGCCAUACUCGGUGCUGAAUAGUGGAGAUAGUUGCUGCAGCAGUGUCACUACCAUGAGCAGUUGCUGCAGCUUUGACGAACACCAUUUGAAUUUUCGCUGUCCGGAUGAUAGCACUAGUAGUAGUGCGGCCGACACGCCAACAAACUGUUGCUCGCAGGAGGUCUCGCAAUCUCAAAUCAAUGCCAAGUCUCCGUUGCCGAAGAAGAGUACUUAUGACGAUGCGUCGAAUUUGCUACUACUGGACACACGUCACUAUGCCGCCUCGUCUUCUUCGACCAGUCCUUGUAGUUCGCUGACUUCAUCCAAAUCGGAGAAUAACAUAUUCGAUGGCAACUUUGCAACGUUUAGCUCGAUAUAUGACGUUGUAAGCAUGGACAGUGUAACUGAUGCGGGCAAUGUGACUGGUCCCGAUCUAUCGGUGAUGCUUCCCUUUCAUGGCUGUGCUGUUACGGAUCUGUCUCGCACUCUCGCACCUCCAUCCGCGGCGGCCACCCUGCAAGAUAUGAACGCCGCCAGCGAGUCCGUUGGACAGGCUCGAUGGCAUCAGACACAAGUGCAGCAACCGCCCGGACAUCACGAGCUAGGUGUGAGUGAUUCUUUACCCGCAAUUGAGGAGGAAGUGCCAGACACCACGAAUCGAACGAAAUGCAAUUAUGAUGAGACGGUGGGGAAGCAAAGCUUACAGGAAACUAACAGCCUGCAACAGCAAAACCAUCAUCAUCCUGGUGAUGAUGGUGACACGAGCAAUAGUGAAAGUUUAACAGGUGGUUGUGCUUCGCUCGAGCUGAUGAACCAUGGGAUAACGAAGAAGGAUGAGAACGAUCAUACGAAUGAUAGCGAUUACGAGCAUGAUAGUUUCGAGGAGGAGGUAGGCGAUGAUCGCUAA